AUGCAUGCCCUGGACCAAGACGACGUCGGCAUUGACCAGCAGCCGCGCGCCCAGACCACGCCCAGAGACAUCCACGCGCGCCGAGACGCGCACUGCCGGCAACCUCCGGACGCGACCGGACGCCGCGCGGCCCCCGUCGCCUCACGCCUCCCCACACUCUGCCCAUGCACCGGUCGCCUCGCCAUGACGCCAGCGAGCCUCCCGGACAACCUCAACGGCCCGCGGGAACCCUGUGCACGACGCCAUGAUCGACGACCACCCGCCACUGCCGCCAGACCUCCGCCGCCGUCCAAUUUGACCACCGGAGCCGCGGAGGUGCUUGAGAAGAGCGCCGUCGUUGCAGCGCACCCCGGCGGCGAGACUGCUACUGAGCUGCCUCCCCUUCCUCGACAGCUACUUCUCCGCGCCCUCGCCGACCCUCGCCGCGCCGCCGGUAAGCCGCCGACCCCUGCCGGCGCCGCCGUGCCCUCCCCUCUCGCCGGAGACGGCGCUCGUCUCCGGUCCAUCCGAUCUACAUCUAAUCUAACGGCCUCCAUUUCGCGUACCGCUUCAGGCGUUUUAACGCCCGACAGUGGACCCCCAUCGUCAGGCGGCCCGCUCACGAUUCGCCCGACAAAGCUGGGCCGGCCCGUUUAA